GUACUCCGUACUUUGUAGGUACACGGGAUCUGAGGUGAAAGAAGGGGAGAGUGAAGACAUCGUCGACAUAAAAAAUGACGACCAGGCCCACGGUCCGUCUCCCUCAAGGCACAUACUGGGGCACCGUUCUCUCGCGGGACGACCUCCCGCGGCCUGUCGAGGCCUUCCUGGGCAUCCCCUACGCCCGCGUCCUCCCGGGGGCCGAAGGACGAUUCCGAGACGCCGCCCCGGUGCCGGCCAGCCUCGACACCUUUGAGGCGAACACCUACGGAAGCAUCUGUCCCACCUUUACCAGCAGCCUCGACGAGGAGGACGGCUGGGUUGUAGGUGAGGACUGUCUUAGCGUGAACCUCAUUCGACCUUGUCCCUCCUCCUCCUCGUGGUCUCCCUCCGAGCGCCUGCCUGUGGUCGUCUUCUUCCAUGGCGGGGCCUUCAACUUUGGCAAGGGCGCCGACCGCGACAUGGCCAGCUUCGUUGCCUAUGCUGAGCAGCCCGUUCUUGGUAUCAGCUUUAACUGGCGUCUUGGGCCCCUGGGAUUCCUGCCGAGUCGGGUCUGCGACAAAGAGGGUGUGUUGAACCUGGGUCUGCGUGAUCAGAGGAUGCUGCUCGAAUGGGUUCGGGAUAACGUGGUUGCUUUUGGUGGAGAUGAGGGAUGUGUUACUCUUAUGGGUGUCAGUGCUGGUGCUCACUCGAUUGGCCAUCAUAUACUCUCCUCGGAAUCGACCACGACACCUCUCUUCCACAAAGCCAUCCUCGAAUCCGGCUCUGCAACAGCUCGCUCUGUGCUCUCUCCAGAUCACUCUCGUCACGAACUUCAGUUCCAGAGUUUCCUUAGAGACGCCGGCUUCCCCCCAUCCACUCCGGAUGAUGCCAUUCUUUCUCACCUCCGCUCGUUGCCCUUGUCCACCCUGCUCGACGCAGGUUCGUCCGUUUGGGGUCGCUUCGCCUCUUCUGUCUGCUGGCCCUUCCAGCCCUCCAUCGACGGCAUAGGCGGCGUGAUUCCGGACCUCCCCCUGCGCCUCUGGUCAUCCGGCCUCGGCCUCCGCCCACCGCUCAUCACGGGCUUCAACUCGCACGAAGGCACCACCUUCGUACCCAUCAAAGUCUCCUCGCCCGCCGCCUUCCGCGCCUUCUUCCAGACCCUCCUCCCGGCGCUCACACCUUCCGACCUCGACGAGCUCGACCGCCUGUACCCGCAACCCGACGUAGCCGCCGCCGCGCGAGGGGAGCCCUACACCCCGGCCGUCCCCGCGUACUGCGGCGCGCAGUGGGCCCGCCUCGCCACCGCGUACGCGCACCACGCUUACAUCGCCCCCGUCCUGCACACGGCCCACCACGUUGCGGCGGCGGGGCAGCCCGUCUACGUCUACGAGUACGCUGCCCGCGCCGAGCCCUUCGCGGCCGCGAACCACGGGGACGAAGGGCCCGUCGUGGCUCGCGACAUGGAGGCCCUGGGGGGCUUCCCUGGCCUCGUCCGCGUCUCGGAGGGCAUGCAUGGGUUUUUCUCGCGGUUUGUUGCUUCGCGUUGCGGGGACCCGAAUCGUCUCCUUCUCGGUACGGACGACCGGCAGGAGGGUGAUGGCGAUGUCCCGGCGUGGCCUCGGUUUGUGUCUCCCUUUGACGAUAACAGCGGACCUGACGCCGGUAAGAUCCUUGUAUUUGGCGAGGGGAACGACGAGAGGGCUGGAGGGGAGAGCGAAGGGGUCGUGGCUCGUGUGAGGACGUUGACGAGGAGUGAGAUUGCGCAAUGCCGGUUUUGGUGGGAGCGGAUGCCGCUCAGCCAGGGUUCGGGACGCCGUUGAAAUAGACGAAAAAAAGGGGGGGAAAGGGGGAAAAAGGAAACCCCCCCCC